UAUUAGGACAAAGCCAAAGUUGGAUUCUUCAACCCCAGAAAAAUUUCAAUAGUGAGAAAGAUGGCGAGUGGAGGUGCUGCUGGUGGAGGAAAAGUGUCGUUCAAAGUCACUCUUACUUCCGAUCCCAAAUUGCCAUUCAAAGUUUUUAGCGUACCGGAGGCAGCCCCGUUCACGGCUGUUCUCAAAUUUGCUGCCGAGGAAUUCAAAGUCCCUCCCCAAACAAGCGCCAUCAUCACUAAUGAUGGAGUGGGAAUUAAUCCUCAGCAAAGUGCAGGUAAUGUCACACUUUACAUGAAUAUUUUAUAGUUACCUCAUCUUUUUUUGUUGGUUGCUAAUUGAUGGUUUAUUUGUUUUCUAGACGAUAAGCAAUU